AUCAAAACCUUAUUUUUAAGGGCUAAUUCCACAAAAUUGAAUAGUUUAGUCCACAAAUGACACUUUUUAAAUAUUUUGAACUAGGGGAAUUAGCCCUAUUUUUAAUAGAUAUAUUAACUUGUAUGAGGUGUACAAAUACCGUUAUCCAUCAUCUUUUAAGAAAAAACCAAUCCUACCAAGCAACACUAACCAUAGUAAAUCUGUCCCCCACCUUCAGCUAUCCCACAUACACAACUGACUCUCCCAUCUGGUGAUUGAAAAAUUGAAAGCAAAGUCUCGGUGGGCAACUGGAUAUAUAUACCAACAAUGGCAGGAGUAAGUGUGUGACUGCCAAGACAAUCAAACCAGGUCUCUCUGUAACUUCUACCCGAAUAAGUUAACACAAUAAAGGGCGGGAAAAGGAGAAGAUGGGGGUUUCUUAAGAACCCAGCAAAAAAGAUUACUUUUUUACUUCCCAUUACCCCUAUUUCCUUCUGAUUCCUGAAUAUAUACUCUCACUCUUUCUCUUUCCUUCACAGUUGCAUCAUUACACCCUCCACGUUAUAUGAAGCUUUGGGAGAGAGCUUCUCAGCUAUGGAAAGUACCAACCCAGAAGGGCUAUUGGAGAUCUCCGAAAAGGGUUAAUGGUAACUAAUGCUUUCCUUCUUUCAUCAUUUGGGUUGUUACUAUUUUUCCACAACGAAUCCCGUCCUCCUCCAGUUCAGUUCAUCUUCUUCCCUUUCGUUACCUGGAGUUUCUUCUUUGUGGCGUUUCAGCUUAUCGUGCUCGUCAUUUGCGUUUUCUGGGGGGUUUCUUUUGAAAGUUCCGACCUUUCAGUUUCUCUUUUGUUUGCUCUCAGAAUAACAAUGGUGGGCUAUAUUGGGUUUCUCGUCUUAGGAACAGUUUCACCUGAAGUUUCCCUAAUUCAAUAAUAUGGAGUUCGGCUUCCAAGAGGGAGAAUUUGCAACACUGGACAGAAGGCUUGGAAUGGAUUCCAUCGUUCUUAGAGGAGGAGACUGUAGGCCAAUGCUAGGAAUCAUGGGGCAGGAUCGGUUCGUCGAUGAUGAUGGAGCUCAGGAGCUUCUGUUAGGAACACCAAGAAGGAACCAGCAUUGCGACCAGGCAGAGCUAGAAAUCAAUUGCCAUGUUCUUCAAGUUCAAAUAGGAGAAAGAGAAGCCAUGUUGAUGUUCAAGAUCAUUUUCCAUACACCUUACAUAAGGCCACAUGUCAUAGUCCUUACUAAAGAACAAGCUGAAGCACUAUGGAAAUCCAAACAUAAGCUCCCUAAGAACUUCAAGUUCAAGGUUCUGGUCUCGGAAAUGGAGUAUGCAGCUCCAGCUGGUUCACUUGUUGUAGAGGAGAAAAAAUGCCUUCCUUGGGAAGCAUCUAAUGUGGUUGAUCAAUUAGCGGGGACGAACUCUAGCCUAUUGAAGGGACUGAAAGACAAUGUUGAAGAGCACGAAUCCAGUGAUUUAAUGAAGCAAUCUGCACCUCCUGCCCUGUCUAGCCAGCCAUCUCUUGAUGCAAAGUCAGAGGAACCAUGUUUAGAAACUACUAGUAUUGAACAUGGCGGGAUACUAUGUGUUUCUUCUAUCAAAGCGCCUCCUCCAUCGAAGAUCAUAUGUUCUCCAAGAAUCCCUCAAACGCCAGUUUCUACGAGGUAUCCGAAUGCAGCAACAUAUUUAGGCCUUGGGAUUACAGCAUUGUUACAUGAUGAUUCUUCAUCUGCUACUGAUGAAUCUAAGCAUUUAAGUCCGGCAGCCAUAGCUGUUUCCUCUCAUGUUAGAAAUGUCGGGAAACCAGUUCACGUCAGUGCCACAUUUGAUGUGAAGCUACUACCUCAACCUUCAUCCCAGUCUCAUCAUGACUCAAGAAACAACGAAACUUCUUCUGAAGCUAAGAAAUCGCCAAUUCCUCCUCCGCCACCUUUACCUCAGUUACCAUUGGUUAGGAAUUCAGCUUUCAGAACAGUCAAAGCAAAACCAACCAAUAAAGCUGCAACACUCAAUUAUCCCCCUCUUCCUCCUCCUUUACCUCCUUUGCUUGCUAAGCAGGCAAGCUCACCACCUCUUAAACAACAGCCAGAUCCUCCUUCUCCGCCACCUCCACCACCAUCUACUUUACCAAAAGCAACCCUGCCACCACCACCGGUGAUAGGAAUACUUACAAACAGGAAUGUGCCUCCAGUUCCAGGGCCACCACGAGCAGGGUUGAUGCCACGGUCAAGAAUUCAAGCUCAACCAAAAAGGUCCAGCCUGAAACCCUAUCAUUGGCUGAAAUUUACUAGAGCAACUCAGGGGAGCAUAUGGGCUGAGGCUCAGAAGUACUCUAAUGACACUUCCAUGGCUCCUGAAUUUGAUAUGUCAGAACUUGAGAGCCUGUUUUCAGCAGCUGCUACUCCGAGUUCGGAGACGAAAGGCAUUGGAGCCAAAUCAAAGCGGCGUGCCUCUGGAGUACGGAAAUCUGAGAAAGUUCAACUGAUUGAGCUUAGACGUGCAUACAACUGUGAGAUCAUGCUGACAAAAGUUAAGAUUCCUCUCCAUGAUCUGAUGAGUUCAAUUCUAGCGUUGGAUGAUUCAGUAUUGGAUGUCGAUCAAGUUGAUAGCCUUGUUAAGUUUUGUCCAACUAAAGAAGAAAUGGAAUUGCUCAAGGGCUAUAAAGGGGACAAUGAAAGAUUGGGGAAAUGUGAAAAGUUUUUCUUGGAACUAAUGAAAGUGCCGAGGGUAGAGUCCAAGUUAAGGGUGUUUUCAUUCAAGUUGCAGUUCUCCCAGCAGGUUUCUGACCUAAGGAGAAACUUGAAUGUUAUUACUUCAGCAACCGAGGAGAUCGUCAGUUCAUUGAAGUUAAAAAGGAUCAUGCAAUCUGUUCUCUCCCUUGGAAAUGCUGUGAACCAAGGAACUGCUAGGGGUUCUGCUGUUGGCUUUCGAUUAGACAGUCUCCUUAAACUCACGGAUACUCGAUCCAGGGACAACAAAAUGACCCUAAUGCACUAUCUUUGUAAGACGUUCGCUGCGAAGAUGCCAGAACUGCUUGACUUCUCCAAAGACCUUGUGAGCUUGGAGGCUGCAACGAAAAUACAAUUGAAAUAUUUAGCUGAGGAGAUGCAAGCCAUUAGCAAAGGUCUGGAGAAAGUUCUACAAGAGUUGGCAGCCUCAGAGAAGAAUGAUGGCACUGUGUCAGAAUACUUCUGUAAGAUCAUGAGGGAAUUCUUGAGCUAUGCAGAAAGGGAAGUGAAGUCCUUGGGCUCACUCUAUUCGAGUGUCGGUAGAAAUGUAGAUGAAUUGGCUGUAUAUUUCGGCGAAGAUCCAGCCCGUUGCCCUUUUGAGCAAGUUGUCUCUACUCUGCUGAAUUUCAAGAGGAUGUUCGUUCGAGCGCACGAGGAAAACAUCAAGCGAAUCGAACUCGAGAGGCGUAAAGCAAAGAAGGAAGCUGAAAAGCAAAGAAGCAACCUCAUCAAUGGUGAUUCCAGAAGGGAGCCUGCUGUAGAUUUCGUGCAAUCUAUUAGGAGUAGGUAUAUAAGAUGAAUAGACAAUCCUUAACAAGGAUAUAGUGGACAUUUCCCCCUAGAUACUAAUCCUGGUGCAACAAGGAAUAACCACAUGCUGUAAAUUUGUAUACGGACCAAAGGUAAAGUGUAGUGGGCCAGCUCGCGAGGCCCAAUAGUUUUAUCUUUCUUCACUUCUGUAUUAAUGGGCCGGUCCUACAGUGCCAUUUCGAAACCCCAAAGGGAAUAACUACCGGGGUAUUCU